AUGUUUGAAAGGUUCCCUAAGAUUUACAAUGUCUACUUCUUGGCGAUUGUUGCCACGAUGGGAGGCAUGCUCUUUGGUUUUGAUAUCUCUUCGAUGAGUGCCAUCAUUCCGAGUGACCAAUAUCUCACCUACUUCGACAACCCAACCGGCGUCGUUCAGGGAGCUAUUGGCGCGGCCCUUGCUGCGGGUUCAGUGGUUGGCAGUGCUAUUGCUGGUCCUAUCUCCGACAAGUUUGGUCGUCGCGAUGCCCUUAUGUUCGCCUGUCUUUGGUGGCUAGUCGGAACUGCGCUGCAGGUUGCUACAAAUGGUCGCGGCAUGCUUAUCGCCGGUCGUGUAUUGAAUGGAGUCACUGUCGGUAUCACUUCGUCUCAGGUUCCUGUCUACCUGGCCGAAAUUUCCAAGCACUCGCAGCGUGGUGCCAUCAUUAUCAUUCAACAACUUGCUAUUGAGUGGGGUAUUCUUAUCAUGUACUUCAUAGGUUACGGAUGUACUUUCAUCCCUGGCGAGUCAGCUUCAUUCCGCACGGCCUGGGGAAUUCAAUACGUCCCCUGCGUCAUGUUCAUGAUCGGUCUCCCAUUCCUCCCAGAGUCUCCCCGAUGGCUCGCGAAGGUCGACCGUACAGAAGAAGCAAUCCACAUCCUGGCCUCCAUCCAAGCCGACGGCAACAUCGAGGAUCCCUACGUCAUCGCCGAAUACGAGGAGAUCGUAACUGCUCUCACUGCAGAACGUUUAGCUCCCCAAGGAUGGCGAAAGUUCGUCUACAACGGCAUGUGGAAACGGACUCUUGCCGGUUUCUCCGUCCAGGCCUGGCAGCAGCUUUCGGGUGCUAAUGUCAUGACUUACUACGUCGUAUACAUUUUCGCCAUGGCUGGUCUUACAGGCAACACCAAGCUUAUCUCCUCCGGUGUGCAGUACGCUUUGUUCAUCGUCUUCUCGUCCAUCAUGUUCUUCUUCGUCGACAAGAUCGGCCGGCGAACACUUCUGGUUUGGGGAGCCAUUGCGAUGGGCAUAUGCCAUCUGGUCGUAGCUGGAAUGCUCGGCGGGUUCUCCACGUAUGUCCCUGAGGGUGUUGGUGGCGACGCGAAUGUUGUCAUGAUGGUCACUGGAUCGCCGGCGUACACCGUUAUCGCGUUCUCGUAUCUUUUGAUUAUCUUCUACGCUCUUACCCUCGCACCCAUCUGCUGGGUCUACGCCGCUGAGGUCUGGUCACUCGAAACCCGUGCUUCCGGAAUGGGUAUCGCAGCGAUUGGAAACUGGCUUUUCAACUUCGCCAUUGGAUUGUUCAUUCCACCCGCGUUUGUCAAUAUUAGAUGGGGGCUCUUCCUCGUUUUCGGAAUCCUCUGCUUCAUGGCUGCCGUCCAGUUCUUCUUCACCUACCCCGAGACUUGCGGUAAGACUCUUGAGGAGGUUGAGUUCCUAUUUAGUAAAGAAGGCCCACACGCUUGGAAAACCAAGAAGGGCAGUGACAAUCUCGCGCGCGACCUCGAAAACGUUGCUGCUGCGCAAGCUAAGGGAGAAGCGCUUGCCACCAUCAACAAUGUCGCCAAGAAGGAGAAGGGCGAGACUGAGACAACUGAGGCGGUCUAA